AUCCCUGAACAUUAUUCAUUGCAGUAUUGAUUUAUUGAGUCGUGUUUGCAAAUAAAAAUAUUAUAGUGCACUCUGAACAACUAGCUACUAGUUUUCAGGGUAUACGGUGACCCUCGGGCGUUAACUCCGAUGUGAGAUAAUAGAUUCAACAAGUACGUUUGAUAACAAAACAUUGUGUGUUAAAAACAAACAAGGAAAGUGAAAUCUAAAUCUCUUAUCAACACUGCUCUCUAUUUUUAAUAAAUUGUAACAAAUUCGAAAAAAUGUCGGCCCUUUUGACUGCCGACUGGUUCCAGUUGGACUCCUAUUACAGGAAGUUUGACCUCUACAACAUGGUCUGGGCUAUGGACGAAGGCCUGGAUCACAUGAUUGUGAGUGGAGCACCGUACGGUGGCCCCAUAGCCGUGGUGCGGGACAGGAAGCAGUAUGUGAGGAUCUUGGGUACCAGCAAGCCAGUUAUCACUCUGUACAAUGGAGUUGGAACUAUUAUUUCUAAGAUAGUGUGGAACAGUGGUGAGCUUGUCCACAUGGGCUGGUCCAAUGAAGAACAACUCCUGUGCAUCCAGGAAAGCGGGGAUGUCCUGGUCUAUGACAUGUUUGGAGCUUAUCAGAGGACCUUUAACAUGGGUCAGGAAGUCAGGGACACUAAGGUGUCCAAAGCCCAGUUGUUCCCGAACCCAGUGGGUGUGGGCCUAGCCGUGAUCACAACCACCAACCGCAUGUUCCUGCUCAGCAAUGUCUCUGACCCUAAAGUUAGAUCCGUACCUGACUUGCCACGAGCGAAUGAACCUAUCUCAUGUUGGUGCGUUCUGAGUACUGGCUUCCUUGUAUGCAGGGACAAGGAAAUCUAUAAGUGCCAGCUGGGCGAGUCGCGGGCUGUGCUUAUGCGUCCCGAAAUAAAGAAUCCAUACACGCAGAUUCUUUCAAUAGUUGCAUCUCAGAACGGCAUGCAUGUUGCAUUCUUCACCGACUCCGGCAUACUGUGGAUCGGGUCGUCCGACUUCAAGACGACUUAUUCUGAGAUCGAUACCGGAUUUAUUAAGCAGCCUAAAGAGUUGAUGUGGUGCGGUUCUCAAGCAGUAGUAGGCCACUGGGACGACAUGAUGUGUAUCUACGGAUCUAAGGGCCAAUCCGUGCAAUACCCCUACGACGGACCGUUCCAUCUCAUACAAGAGAUCGAUUGCGUUCGAGUUGUCUCCGAAACCACGCACGAACUCAUCCAGAAAGUUCCAUUCGUCGUCGAGAAAAUAUUCCGCAUCAAUAGUACGGCCCCUGGGUCGUAUUUGAUGGAGGCUUCUAGGCAGUUCCAGUUGCACAGUCACCGAGCAGAUGAAUACAUAAGACUGGUGAAGCCUGAUCUUCCUAUAGCUGUGCAAGAUUGCAUCGAUGCUGCUGCCUUUGAGUUCAGCCCAGAUGUCCAAAAGAAACUGAUCAGGGCCGCUCAGUUCGGCAAAUGUUUCUUCAUGGACCCUGAAUUGACGGAACAUUUCGUCAAAACUGGGCGGUGGCUGAGGGUCUUGAACUCCGUUCGAGACCCCAAAGUGGCUAUACCGCUUACUUCUACGCAGAUGGCUCACCUCGGUGAAAGGGUGCUGCUAGACCGUUUGAUCUGGCGUCGUCUGCAUUGCCUGGCUGGGUACAUUGCGUCACAUUUGCACAUGAAGGAUGGGAAGACCAGAGUACUCUCACACUGGGCUUGUUAUAAGGUGACUCAACCUCACUUAGACAACGAGAGCGCUGCCCGCGAGAUUGGCGAGAAACUUCGCGGAGUGCCUGGAAUAUCCUACACCAUGAUUGCCAUGAAAGCAGCUGAAAAGGGACGAAAGGCGCUUGCUAUCAAAAUAUUGGAAUAUGAAACUCACAGCAAACUUCAAGUUCCUCUGCUCUUGUCUUUGGGCGAGGGACCAACUGCUUUACUGAAAGCGACUGCCAGUGGCGACACCGAUCUGAUCAAUAUAGUACUGCUGCAUCUCAAGGAGAAGAUGGGGAAACGCGAAUUUGAGCUCACAAUACGCGGCUUCGCCCUCGCCCACGCUCUCUACAUAAAGUACUGCGCGAAUAACAACCGCGAGGCUCUGCGUCAAGUCUACGUACAAGAAGACGACUUCCAAGGACAGGCCGCCACGCAUAUCCGUGAUGCGAUAGACCAGACCAACCCGGGGAGCAUUGAGGCGUCGCUUAUAUCUGCUAGGGAGUGCUAUAAGAAGGGGAAGAAUGAUUUGGGCGUCUCCACCUGCGAGGACGCCCGCAAACUCUGCAAGCAGCAGUCCAGCCUACAAGAGACAUACGGCAGCAGCUUCGUAGGCCUCUCUCUACACGACACGGUCCGCAAGUUGCUGGAGCAGGGCGAAAUCAAGUUAGCUGAUAAACUGCGCUCGGAGUACAGGAUGCCUGAUAGACGUUACUGGUGGCUCCGUAUCCUAACCCUAGCCGAGAGCGAUGACUGGGCUGAGCUGGACAAGUUCUCCAAGUCCAAGAAAUCUCCCGUUGGGUACGAACCUUUUGUGGAUGCCUGUCUCAAGUAUUGCAAGCAUGAAGAGGCGCUGAAGUACCUGCCUCGCUGCGCUGAUGAUAUUAAAGUCAAGUAUUAUGUGAAAGCUGGUUACUACGAAGAAGCGGCCGAAGUAGCCUUCGAACAGAAAGACAUGAGCGCUCUCUUGUACGUACAGAACAAAUGUCCUCUCAACGAGUCCACAAAACACGCCAAAAUCGCGUCACUGCUCGAACGACUACCCACCAAGAAGUAAAUUAGCUGUAAGCACUAUUAACUGUCUAUAUUCGAAUUAAACUAGACUCUAUUUUAUAGGAAGAAUUUUUAAUCACCAUCCAAAGAGCAUUUGAACAUAACGAGUAUUCACACAGUCCGCCAUUUUGAAAAAAAUACGAUAUUUUUCGUCUCUGGUUUCUAGUCGUUGAGUAAUAUAAUGUAUACUUUUUCAAAAUGGCGGACUGCAUGUAUGCUUCGCCCAAAAUGUUUGCAGCUCUAUAAAAAAUAUUGACGAAAAUAACAAACAUGUGAUGUUUUAACGAAUUCGUAAAACGUAAUUGCAUUCGAUAAAAAUGGAUGUAAAACUGACUGAUUUCGAUAUAAUAUGUAUACUAUAUAUUUUUAAUGAAAUAUUUUUUAUAUUUAUACUUAUCACUCGGUAUUGAGAUAUGGUUUAACAAACUUUUAUAAAAAAAAUCGAAUUUAAAAUUAUUCGUUAUUAUAUUUUAAUAAUAAAUUAUGCUUUGGUUACAUAAAAAACCGGUAAAAAAAUAGAUGGUUAUUAAAAAUCUCCCUGUACCUGCAUCUAACCGACUUGCCCUGGAUGUAAUCGUAGCAAAUACCUUUUACAGUAAUCAACCUCUAUUUGAAACUACAUUAUGUGUCUAUGAAUAUCAUUAUAGCAAGUAGAUAAUGUACCUAUUUAAAUUAUAAUAUCAUCCUAUGUAUUGCCAUAUAAAAUAUCGAUAUUCUUUAAGUUUAUAAUUAAAAAAUAAGUUCCUUUAUUGUCACUUUAUAUUAAUAUUUGUAUAAAUGUAUUAUUUAAGAAGUAUGUGAUAUAUGAUUUAAGCAAAAUAAA